CAUCCCUCGUUCCCCGCAUCACGGCAUCCCGGCGCGGUGGGACCGCGGCGGCAGCAGCGGAUGUGCAGCCCCGGGGGACACCCGCGGCAUCGCCCGGCCGGCGGACCAUCUCCAGACAGUGAUUUACAGAAGAUUCUAAAACACUGAGGAGCAGCUGUGGGUCUUCAGAGCAUCUCUUAACUUCAGUAAACUCAGAAAAUCAUCUUCCACCUUUCUGGAUGUCCAAGCCUUUCACCUUAAACGUCAAGCUCUACAUUUUCUGCUUGAUAGGGGAUCACCCUCUUCCUCCGUGGGGAUUUUAGGGGGCUGGGGAGCUGAACCCCCUCGCUGGCCAGCAUGGCAAAGGUUAGAGUUGUUUUAACUGUGUGCCAGUUGGUGCUAGAAUUGUUAAUGAAUUCAUUAACUGAGUCUUCCAUACAGAGCAGCGAAUGUCCACAGCUUUGUGUCUGUGAGAUCAGGCCCUGGUUUACACCACAGUCAACCUACAGGGAAGCCACCACCGUUGACUGCAACGACCUCCGGCUAACAAAAAUCCCCAGCAACCUCUCCAGUGACACCCAAGUCCUUCUGUUGCAAAGCAACAACAUUGCAAAGACCACAGACGAACUCCAGCAGCUCUUUAAUUUGACAGAGUUGGAUUUUUCACAAAAUAACUUCACGAGUAUCAGAGAUGUGGGGCUCUCCAAUCUCACCCAGCUCACGACUUUGCACCUGGAGGAGAACCAGAUCACGGAGAUGACUGACUACUGCCUGCAAGACCUCUGCAAUCUGCAGGAGCUCUACAUCAACCACAACCAGAUCAGCAGCAUUUCUGCAAACGCCUUCUCUGGCCUGAAAAAUCUUCUGAGGUUACACCUCAACUCCAACAAGUUAAAGGUUAUUGACAGCCGUUGGUUUGAUUCGACUCCCAACUUAGAGAUUCUGAUGAUUGGAGAAAACCCAGUGAUUGGAAUACUUGAUAUGAAUUUCAAACCACUCUCAAACUUAAGGAGUCUAGUUUUGGCAGGUAUGUACCUCACAGACAUUCCUGGCAAUGCCUUGGUAGGCUUGGAUAGCCUUGAAAGUCUUUCUUUUUAUGACAACAAAUUGGUAAAAGUUCCUCAGCUUGCACUUGAGAAAGUUCCCAACUUAAAAUUCCUGGAUCUCAACAAAAAUCCGAUUCAUAAAAUUCAAGAAGGGGAUUUUAAAAACAUGCUCAGAUUGAAAGAGCUGGGGAUCAACAACAUGGGAGAGCUGGUGUCUGUCGAUAGGUACGCGCUGGACAACCUGCCUGAGCUCACAAAGCUGGAGGCCACCAACAACCCAAAGCUGUCUUACAUCCAUCGCCUGGCCUUCCGCAACGUCCCCGCCCUGGAGAGCCUGAUGCUCAACAACAAUGCCUUGAAUGCAGUCUACCAAAAGACAGUGGAGUCCCUCCCAAACCUGCGUGAGAUCAGCAUCCACAGCAACCCGCUCAGGUGCGACUGCGUCAUCCACUGGAUCAACUCCAACAAAACCAACAUCCGCUUCAUGGAGCCCCUCUCCAUGUUCUGUGCCAUGCCCCCAGAGUUCCGGGGGCAGCAGGUGAAGGAAGUGCUGAUCCAGGACUCAAAUGAACAGUGUCUUCCAAUGAUCUCUCACGAGACCUUUCCCAAUCACUUGAACCUGGACAUCGGCAUGACGGUGUUUUUAGAUUGCCGGGCCAUGGCAGAACCUGAGCCAGAAAUCUACUGGGUCACUCCUCUGGGCAAUAAAGUCACUGUGGAAAGCCUCUCUGACAAAUACAAGCUGAGCAGCGAGGGCACCUUGGAGAUCUCCAACAUCCAGGUUGAGGACUCUGGCAGAUACACCUGUGUGGCUCAAAACAUAGAAGGGGCUGACACGAGGGUGGCCACCAUCCGGGUGAACGGCACGCUCCUGGAUGGCACCCAGGUGCUGAAGAUCUACGUGAAACAAGCCGAGUCCCACUCCAUCCUGGUCUCUUGGAAAGUCAAUUCCAACGUCAUGACGUCCAAUUUAAAAUGGUCAGUCGCCACCAUGAAGAUUGACAACCCUCACAUCACCUACACCGCCAGGGUCCCGGUGGACGUCCACGAGUACAACCUCACGCAUUUACAACCCUCUACAGAUUAUGAGGUGUGUCUGACAGUGUCCAACAUCCACCAGCAGACACAGAGGUCCUGUGUCAACGUCACGACCAAAAACGCGGCGUUUGCGCUGGAUAUUUCCGACCAGGAGACCAGCACGGCCCUGGCGGCAGUGAUGGGAUCCAUGUUUGCUGUCAUCAGCCUCGCCUCCAUCUCUGUUUACAUUGCAAAAAGGUUUAAGAGAAAAAACUACCACCACUCAUUGAAAAAAUAUAUGCAAAAGACCUCUUCAAUCCCCCUGAACGAGCUCUACCCUCCUCUUAUUAAUCUCUGGGAAGGUGACAGUGAAAAAGAUAAGGACGGCUCUGCAGAGACCAAGCCCACCCAAGUCGACACAUCCAGAAGCUAUUACAUGUGGUAACUCAGAGGAUAUUUUGCUUCUGGUAGUAAGGAGCACAAAGACUUUUUUGCUUUAUUCUGCAAAAACGACGAGUUGAAGACUUUUGUAUUUUUGACUUUGCUAGCCCGUGGCAGAGCGGCGAGGACAGGUGGAUAUUUCAGGAUUUUUUAGUAUAGCGUAUCGCAAUGGUUGACACAAAUGGCAGCUUCACCUAGCUUCCUACUUCUCUGUUUAUUUUAUUGGUUUUUUUUCCCCUUUUUUGCCUUUUUUUUUUUUUUAGUUAUUGUGCUAAACUCACGAGUGUCCUAACUCCAGUGGUGAAUAGAGGAGAGGCUGGGGGAGCCGUUCUCCCUCAGUUUUGGACCUGCAGUGAUCUAGGUGUGUGACCCUGGGCUGAGGACUCUACCCUGAGAAAAGGAGACCCUGAAAGAUGUUAGUUGACUGUACUGUAAUGUUGUAUCAACUGAUUUGAAUGUUUUUGAUUUUCAACAAUGAGUUUUCUUUUUUAUUAUUAUUAUUAUUUUUGUAGUAGUUGAGGGCUUAGGUAAAGCUAACAGGCAAUAGGAAUAUGUACAUCCAAUUUUUUAAUGUAACAGACUAAAUGUUAAUUGUUCUUAUUCUUUUUAUUCUAUUUAGUAGACACUUUUGAAGAGUUACUAGAGUUUUGUUGUGUUUAAAUCACCAACACCCGGUGUUUAAUGAAGGCAGAGCUAUAAUAAAUUUAGUUUUGUUCUGAUUUUUUAUUUUAGAAGUCACAAUAAUGUAUUGGGGUUAGAUGUCACUGGUUUGACUGGUGAUCAUGUUUUGACAUAAAAUAUAUCCAAAAUGUUAUAUAAAAAUAUUGUGGGGGUUUUUUCUUGAUGAAAUGCAAGUUCCAGGUUCAGGUUUUUUAUGCAUUUGUGUUAAUAGCAGAGGCAAAACAUGGAAAAUAAUUUAUUGAGAAAAAUGUCUCAGCAUGGCUUUUGGACUGAGAGUCACAUGCAGAAUCAAAACUGUUUGGCUUAGGGUACACAGCAAGAAGAAUUCACAGAGUGUGUAACAGGACAUUUUCCUUUUUGUAUACUUUUCUGUUUAUAUUCUGAGCUAAGGUAAAAAUGAAGCUGACAUUUAGCUGUCAUUACCAUCAGUUAGGACAAAAAAACCUCAGUGCUACCAAACUGAAAUAAACCAGUUAAAUCUUGGAAUAUACUUGAAAAAACAAUUAUUUGGAAUAAUGUUCCUCCAAAAGCAGAAAUUAAGAUUAAAACUACCAAGACAGUUGCACUUGCUCCAAUACUGAACUGUAUUUUUUACAGGCUUGAAAUUAGUCUGGAUUCUGAGUAUUUUCCUGAAUUCCUGUGGUAAGAGAGCAGCAGUGGUUGUGUGCACUGGGUACAACAUAAAGGCAUCAUUUACACCUGA